AUUCCAAAACUGAGCCGUCCGCCGGAAUCAGUUCUUUGCCCCCUGGGAUACAGCGUUGACGGCCAAAGAAACGUACUUUUCCUUUUCAAAAUCAUCAUCUAAUCCCUCCCCCCACAAACAUUUUCUCUCUCUCUAUAUAUAUACACACAGACCUCUGCCCGAGUGUUUGACGCAUUUGGUUGAAAAAUCCCUGAGGUUUUAGAGAGAGAGAGACAGAAAGACAGAGGGACGAAGAGCGAUGGAUUCGCCGAGGUCCAUGGGCACCGAUUCCACUCGGAUCGCGGCGAGGGCGUCCAUGAUCGACUCAAUCAGGGGUUGCACUCUCGCUGGAAUUCGAAUUCCCAAGGAGGAACUCCAGCGAAGGAUUAUUAUGCCCCAGUACCUCCGCCAAGCCAUCACUGACGCCAUUCAAUCCAAAGACGUCAACGCCGGUGACCGCCACUACCCCCCCAUCGCCGCAGCCGCUGUGCCUUCCCAAGCCCCCGAGUCCCCCAUGGUCGUCUUCAUUAAUCCUAAGAGCGGCGGACGACAUGGUCCUGAGCUCAAAGGAAGGCUUCAGGAAUUGAUGAGCGAAGAACAGGUUUUUGAUCUUUCAGUUGUAAAGCCUAAUGAAUUUGUUCAGUAUGGAUUGGGUUGCCUGGAGAAGUUGGCAGGUCUUGGAGAUGGCUGCGCCAAAGAGACUCGUGAAAAGCUAAGGGUUUUGGUAGCAGGAGGUGAUGGUACAGUGGGUUGGGUCCUAGGAUGCCUCGGAGACCUUUACAAACACGGUCGGGAGCCAGUUCCUCCAACAGCAAUUAUUCCACUUGGCACGGGAAAUGAUUUGUCUAGGAGUUUUGGUUGGGGUGGUUCAUUUCCUUUUAAUUGGAAAUCAGCAAUCAAAAGAACUCUUGACAGGGGUUGCACAGGUCCAAUUUGCCGUCUGGAUAGUUGGACACUUCUCAUAUCAAUGCCAGCUGGGGGGGAACAACUGGAGACACCCCAUUCUUUGAAAGCAACCGAAGAUCUUUCUCUUGAUCAGGGGCUGGAAGUUGAAGGGGAGUUGCCUGAGAAGGUGUUUUGCUAUGAAGGAGUGUUUUAUAAUUACUUUAGCAUAGGAAUGGAUGCCCAAGUUGCUUAUGGUUUCCAUCAUUUACGGAAUGAGAAACCUUAUCUUGCGCAAGGUCCUAUUUCAAAUAAGUUGAUCUACUCUGGAUACACCUGUAAACAAGGGUGGUUCUUCACACCUUGCAUAAGUGAUCCAGGAUUAAGAGGACUCAAGAACAUCCUAAGGUUGCACAUUAAAAAGGUCAACUGCUCAGAAUGGGAACAGGUUCCAGUCCCUUCAAGUGUAAGGGCAAUAGUUGCUUUAAAUCUUCAUAACUAUGCAAGCGGAAGAAAUCCAUGGGGUAAUCUGAAGCCAGAGUAUUUGGAAAAGAAAGGCUUUGUUGAGGCUCAUUCUGAUGACGGUCUCCUCGAAGUUUUUGGCUUGAAACAAGGAUGGCAUGCUUCGUUUGUUAUGAUUGAACUUAUCUCUGCCAAACAUAUCGCCCAGGCUUCAGCAAUUCGAUUUGAGAUUAGAGGUGGAGAGUGGAAAGAAGGUUAUUUGCAAAUGGAUGGAGAGCCGUGGAAACAGCCAAUGAACAAGGAUUAUUCAACUUUUGUGGAGAUAAGAAGGGUACCAUUUCAAUCUAUUAUGGUGAGGGGAGAUUAAGUUUUACAGCUUUCUCUGAUACAGCUUUAGACCCCUGGAUUAUUGCGAAUUGCUCCCAUUUCAAGACUUGGAAUGCAUGUACCACAUUUCAUCUCGUGAGUGCUUUUAAUUUAGUUGUAUGUACCAAAAGUUAGUAAGCACCAGGGAAUUGUUGUAUCAAGUCCAGUGUUAGUCAAUUUUUGCAUUUAAGUUAUAAACUGAAUGGGUAGCUUUAGAAUUUCUUAUUUAGAGAGAUUCAAGUCAGUGGUGGUAAAAGAUUAGCAAAUUAGGUGGUUUUGGAUUCAAAACCAUGAAGCUAUGAACUUGUAAAGUGAAUUACACAACAUUUAAUGGAGGGUGCUUCGAUA